UGUAUAAUAAUAUGAUACAACUUUCUGUUACAUGAAAUUAGUCCUAAAUAAACGUGUGGAUUAUAGAGCGCCUGAGGUCUACAUUUUCGUGUGUGUGAGGAGCCACCGAGGAGGAACACCUAGGGUUCUACAGGACCGUCUGGCGCAAGCGCAAGCGAGCAUGGACGCCACAGCUCUGUCGCGCAUCGGCCUGGCCGGCCUGGCCGUCAUGGGCCAGAAUCUGGCGCUCAACAUCGGCGAGAAGGGCUUCCCCAUCUCCGUCUACAAUCGCACCGCCGGCAAGGUGGACGAGACCGUGGAGCGCGCCAAGGCGGAGGGAAAUCUCCCCCUCGCCGGCUACCGCAACCCACAGGACUUCGUGCUCUCCAUCCAGCGCCCCCGAUCCGUGAUCAUCCUCGUCAAGGCCGGCGCCCCGGUGGAUCAGACCAUUGCCACGCUCGCCCAGUUCAUGGAGCCCGGCGACUGCAUCAUCGACGGCGGCAACGAGUGGUACGAGAACACCGAGAGGAGGAUCGCCGCCGCCAAGGAGAAGGGUCUCCUCUACCUGGGGAUGGGAGUCUCCGGUGGCGAGGAGGGCGCCCGCCAUGGCCCGUCUCUCAUGCCUGGAGGAACGCCCGAGGCCUACCGCUACGUCGAGGACGUCGUCAAGAAGAUCGCGGCCCAGGUAGACGAUGGUCCGUGUGUCACCUACGUCGGCCCCGGCGGAGCUGGGAACUUCGUCAAGAUGAUCCACAAUGGGAUCGAGUAUGGCGACAUGCAGCUCAUCUCCGAGGCCUACGACGUCCUCAAGUCGGUCGGCGGCCUCACCAACGAGGAGCUCCACCAAGUUUUCGCGGACUGGAACCGUGGCGAGCUCGAGAGCUUCCUGGUGGAGAUCACCGCGGACAUCUUCUCCGUCAAGGAUGACAAGGCCGGUGGCGAUCUCGUUGACAAGAUCUUGGACAAGACUGGGAUGAAAGGCACCGGGAAGUGGACUGUCCAGCAGGCUGCCGAGCUCUCCAUCGCGGCUCCCACCAUAGCUGCGUCGCUCGACUCGCGGUUCUUGAGCGGGCUCAAGGAGGAGCGCGUUGCUGCCGCUGCUAUCUUUGCCGAGGCUGGGCUGCCCGAUGUGCUCAACCACGUCGCGGUGGACAAGAAGCAGCUCGUUGAUGAUGUGAGGAAGGCGCUGUACGCGUCCAAGAUCUGCAGCUAUGCGCAGGGGAUGAAUCUGCUGCGAGCCAAGAGCCUGGAGCAGGGGUGGAAGCUCGACUUGGGCGAGCUUGCCAGGAUCUGGAAAGGUGGCUGUAUCAUCCGGGCCGUGUUCCUGGACCGGAUCAAGAAGGCGUACGAUCGGAACUCGAACCUGGCGAGCUUGUUGAUCGAUCCUGAGUUUGCGAAGGAGAUGGUGGAGCGGCAGGCGGCGUGGAGGAGAGUGGUGAGCCUGGCUGUGAGUGCGGGGAUUAGUACUCCUGGCAUGACUGCGAGCUUGGCUUACUUCGAUACUUACCGUCGAGGGAGACUUCCGGCCAAUCUCGUCCAGGCCCAGCGCGACUACUUCGGUGCGCACACUUACGAGCGAGUGGAUAUGAGCGGCUCCUUCCACACUGAGUGGCACAAGCUGGCCAAGCACAGCACCAACCUCCGGGCGCUCAUCUGAAAGCAAGCAAGCACGGGAGACGAAGAAGAGCGAUCAGGUUCGCUAAGAAAAGAAAAAUAAGAGGAACUCUUACCAGGCAGGCAGGCAAGUUGAAUUGCUUGUACGUCUAGUUUUGGUCUUGGUAGUGGCUCGCUCCAUUUUGAUUCUUGGAGCAGCUUGAUCUUGUUGCUCAUUUUUGUGGUUUUUGGUCAGACUCUCUCAGUUGCUAAUAAGCUAUAUGUCGUGCUUUUAA